UCUCGCGCCAUCGUCACCAAUUUUGCCUUCCAUCUUUUGAUACAUUUCUAUCGAUCGGUCGUCUCACCUCGAGCCGCCCUACUCCUCGGUGCGCGUGGCCCGGGUCUCUCCUAUGCACAAACCCCUCCGCACGUGACGCAAAUGAGCCUACUUAAAGCCGGAUUAGCGCGAGCGCAACAGUGAAACGCCGCGUGACCCCGCGCGGCGGUGACGCGCAUUAACGGACGCGCUCCUCGCGGCUUAGAAGGAACCGGACAGGAGCGCAUCAGGCAGACACGCACAUGCACGCGAUCACUGCACGACCACCGACCGGAGACACGAGCCCGUGGAGAACCGAGCAGGAGCGUGUUUGGUUCUGCGGGGUUAGGGUCAGGGUGAGUGUUCUCAGACGGUCUCGGAGAACCGUGGAGAACCGAGCAAGACCGUGUUUGGUUCUUUGGGGGUAGGGUCAGGGUGAGUGUUCUCAGACGUUCUCGGAGAACCGUGGAGAAACGAACAGGACCGUAUUUGGUUCUGAAGUGUUCGGGUCAGGGUGAGUGCUCUAAGACGGUGCCGGAUAACCGAGGAGAACCGUGUUUGGUUCUGAGGGGUCAGGGUCAGUGUUCCCAGACGGACCGUGUUUGGUUCUGAGCGGUCAGGGUCAGUGUUCUCAGACGGACCGUGUUUGGUUCUGAGCGGUCAGGGUCAGUGUUCUCGGACGGACCGUGUUUGGUUCUGAGCGGUCAGGGUCAGUGUUCUCGGACGGACCGUGUUUGGUUCUGAGCGGUCAGGGUCAGUGUUCUCGGACGGACCGUGUUUGGUUCUGAGGGGUCAGGGUCAGUGUUCUCAGACGGCCUCGGAGCAACGGAUGAGCCGUCAUGGGGGAAUGGACCAUCCUCGAGCGUCUACUGGAGGCGGCCGUUCAACAGCACUCUACUAUGAUAGGGAGGAUCCUGCUCACGGUGGUGGUGAUCUUCCGGAUCCUGAUCGUGGCCAUCGUCGGGGAGACCGUCUACGAUGACGAACAGGAGAUGUUUGUGUGCAACACCCUGCAGCCGGGCUGCAACCAGGCGUGCUACGACCAGGCCUUCCCCAUCUCCCACAUCCGGUACUGGGUUUUCCAGAUCAUCAUGGUGUGCUGCCCCAGCCUCUGCUUCAUCACCUACUCCGUCCACCAGUCGUCCAAGCAGAAGGAGCGCGGCUUCUCCGGCGUGUACCUGUCGGUGGACCGGACGGGCCGGCCAGACGACAACCUGCUGAAGAACACUCUGGUGAACGGCCUGCUGCAGAACUCGGAGAACUCGUACAAGGAGGCGGACCCGGACGCUCACAUCUUCCCCCGGCAGUGUGUGAGGACGCAGUCCAAGAUGAGGAGGCAGGAGGGCAUCUCCCGCUUCUACAUCAUCCAGGUGGUCUUCCGGAACAUGCUGGAGGUGGGCUUCCUGGUGGGCCAGUACUUCCUGUACGGGUUCAACGUGCCCCCGGUGUACGAGUGCGACCGGUACCCGUGCAUCAAGGACGUCGAGUGCUACGUCUCACGGCCCACGGAGAAGACCGUGUUCCUGGUCUUCAUGUUCGCCAUCAGCGGCGUCUGCGUGGUCUUCAACCUGGCGGAGCUCAACCACCUGGGCUGGAAGAAGAUCAAGGAGGCCGUGAGGGGCGUGCAGGCCCGGAGGAAGUCCGUCUACGAGAUCCGCAAGAAGGACCCGGCCAAGAUGAGCGGAUUUGGACACAUCCAGUCCAGUGACUCCGCCUACGUUUGACCGACUUCACCGGAGGGUUGAGCGGUCGAGACCUGGGAAGAUCUAGAACUGGACAGCUCUAGAUCCAAGUAUCUUUAGAUCUGAACAGCUCUAGAUCUGAGCAGCUUUAAGUCUGAGCAGCUCUAAGUCUGAGCAGCCCUUGAUCAGAGAAGCUCUAGCCCUGAAGAGCUCUAGAUCUGAGGAGCUUUAGAUCCAAGCAGUUCUAGAUCCAAGCAUAUUUAGAUCUGAACAGCUCUAGACCUGAGAGCUCUUUACCUGAGAGCUAUCUAUCCCAGGAGCUCUUUAUCAUAAGUGAAUAUUUCCUUCACCUACGUCCUUAUCUUGGAACUGCAGGGAAAGGAACUUACAAAGAUGGUCUUGUAAAUAAAUGUCAGUGUGGUCACUAUCUAGCGCCGAAAGUAACACCGUGGGGUUGGAGCCUAUGGCCCAGCGAUGGAACACGUCCUGAUGUAUCAUGACUGUUAGGAGCUGGGCGUCGGACGGCGUCCAGGCAGUUGGUAUCUGGGAAACGACAGCUGAUCGUCGUCAAAGGCGUCACCCAAGAGCACCAAAAAUAACAUUCUAACUUCUACUAUUCGUAUUUGAGAUCGUGUUUUAGCACCUGUGAAACAUUCUCUUAUUAUCUUGUUAUUUUAUUCAUAUGAACUUGUCUUUGGUCACCCCAUGAUGGGGGAAUGCCGUAUAAAGGGAAGAAGUAUAAAGUGCUUAUUUAAAUGAGGACGUUCACGUCUGAUGUUAAAUCGUAGUUCAUUGUGUCUAUUUUAAUCUUGUUCUCGGUUGUCCAUCUUGACUUUGCACUAAGAGGCCAAACACAGACAUCGAGGAAACAUUCCAAGGGACAGGAGGAGCUCUGGUGGCUGCCAGGCGCUAAACCACGCCGUCACCUCUCAUCUCCCCACUGAUUGGCUGCAUAAGAGUUAACCUCCGACCUUAACCAGGGCUCCAGUGAGCACUGAGUGUCUUGGUCAAGCCAUGGCACCAUGUUGACUGUGCGUGACGUUUUGUACAAUAGUACCACGCCACUUAUUUCAAAGUCUGUGUUUGAUACAUGUAUACAUAAUACGUAUCACACACACGUUGAAACAACGAGGUUUAAACGUCUGUGUUCCCCGAUCUACUGAAUUACUGUGUCUUAUAUGAAAUACUGUGUUUAUUUAUCAUGCGGUGCUGCCAUCUUGUAUUUCCAAUGAAGCUGUCCGCAAUAAAAUGGAUGUCAAACUGUU